GGCUUGGCUUGACCGCUCGUGCUCAAUAGCGCACAGUUUGGACUCGCACUGCUCACGGGGUGGGUCCGUUGGCGCUCGAGCAGAGUGGGAUGGGACUUGGCUUUUCAGGGAGAGCUGAAGACAUACUAACACACGCACGGAAUACUACUCACGUUCUCCGUUUACACGUAUAAAUGUUUUAAACUAUGAAAAUGCUGACCCUUCUUAUUGCAGCGUGUAUGGCCCUCGGGUCGCACGCCCAGAUGGACACCCCUGGAUUCGGUGACGUUUGCGCGCAAGGCAGCUGUUAUCCCAACACCGGAGACUUGUUGAUCGGUAGAGGCCACCAGUUAACCGCGUCAUCCACGUGUGGCCUUGAGCGGCCAGAGCGCUACUGCAUAGUGAGCCACUUACAGGAGGAGCAGAACUGUUUCAUGUGUGACUCCAGACAGCCCUAUGAUGAGCACAACCACCCGGCCAGCCACACCAUCGAGACAGUGGUCACUACCUUCACCACCAAUCGCCUCAAGACCUGGUGGCAGUCAGAGAACGGCGUUGAGAAUGUGACCAUUCAGUUGGACUUAGAGGCCGAGUUCCAUUUCACACAUCUCAUCAUGACCUUUAAGGCAUUCCGUCCUGCUGCUAUGGUGAUCGAGCGUUCCAUGGACUAUGGGAAGGGCUGGCAGGUAUAUCGUUACUAUGCCUACGACUGUGCCAGCACUUUCCCAGGUAUCUCUCAGGGGCCAAUCAAAAAGGUCGAUGACAUCAUCUGUGAUUCACGGUACUCCGAUGUAGAGCCAUCCACCCAAGGAGAGGUGAUCUUCAGAGUUCUGGAUCCGGCCUUUGACAUCCCUGAUCCCUACAGCACUCAGAUUCAAAACCUCCUAAAGAUCACUAACAUUCGCGUCCGCAUGCUGAAAGUCCACACACUUGGUGAUAACCUUCUGGACAUCAGGGACGAGGUCAGACACAAGUAUUACUACGCCCUCUACGAAAUGGUUGUCCGUGGCAACUGCUUCUGCUACGGCCAUGCCUCCAAGUGUGCCCCGUCGGAUCGGAGUGUGGAAGAUACUGAGGGCAUGGUCCAUGGUCACUGCAUGUGUAAUCAUUACACUACUGGUCUGAAUUGUGAGAAGUGUCAGGACUUCUACCAGGACCAUCCGUGGAGACCUGCUUUGGGCCCUAACACCAAUGCAUGCAAGAAGUGUGAGUGUAACCAGCAUGCGUAUGCGUGCCACUUUGACAUGGCGGUGUAUCUGGCUACGGGGAACGUCAGCGGAGGAGUGUGUGACGAGUGUCAGCACAACACCAUGGGGCGCCAGUGUGAGCUCUGCAAACCUUUCUACUACCAGCACCCCGACAAAGACAUCAGGGACCCCAACAUCUGUGAACCGUGCAGCUGUGACCCUCUGGGUUCUCUGAGCGAGGGUCUGUGUGACGCCGUGACGGACGUGAUCAGCGGGCUGAUUGCUGGUCAGUGCCGCUGCAAGCAGCAUGUGGAGGGAGAGAGGUGUGACAAGUGCCGUGAGGGACACUACGGUCUGAGCGAGAGAGCAGAGGGCUGCCAACCAUGCACCUGUAACCCAUUGGGUACGGUUCCUGGAGCGAGCCCAUGUGACACAUACUCAGGAAACUGCUUCUGCAAACGGCUCGUCACAGGCCGGAACUGCGAUCAGUGUCUGCCUCAACACUGGGGACUCAGUAAUGACAUGGACGGUUGCAGGCACUGUGACUGUGACCAGGGCGGGGCCAUCAACAACGAAUGUGACCCUGGGACAGGGCAGUGUGUGUGUAGGGAGCACAUGUUUGGCCGUCGCUGUGAUCAGAUCGAGUCUGGUUACUACUUCAGCUCCAUUGACCACUACACCUAUGAAGCAGAAGAGGCCAAAUUUGGACCGGCCGUAAGUGUGAUACAGAGGCCCUACCCUGUGGAUCGUGAGCCUACCUGGACAGGUGCGGGGUUCGCUAAGGUACCAGAGGGAGAGGAACUCACGUUCACCAUCAACAACAUCCCACAGGCCAUGGAGUAUGAACUGCUCAUACGCUACGAACCACAGUUACCGGCAGAGUGGGAGCAGGUGGGGGUGCGGGUGGAACGGCCAAGUGGAGGGGGGCGCUGUGGGGGCACCUCUUCUGACAACCAGGCAUCGUCACUGCCUCCAGGGUCCAGGUACGUGUCUCUGCCAAGGCCCAUAUGCUUUGAGGAGGGGCAGAACUACACUGUUCAUGUGAACCUGCCCUACUACUCAUCACACAGUGACCAUCAUGCCCCAUUCAUUUUCAUAGACUCGAUUGUGCUGAUGCCGCACGUGCGGUCACUGGACAUGUUCUCGGAGUCGCAGGUGGACUGGGACACGUAUGAGCGCUACCGCUGCCAGGAGCGCAGCCAGAGCGUCGUCAAGAUGCAGAUGUCACACAUCUGCAGAGACUACAUCUUCAGCAUGUCUGCACUGCUGCACCAGGGAGCUAUGAAGUGUGUGUGUGAUCUCCUGGGUUCUCGUAGCACUGUGUGUGACCCAAGCGGAGGACAGUGUCAGUGCCGGACCAACGUCAUGGGGCGGAGCUGCGACAGAUGUGUCCCUUCCCACUUCCUGUAUCCCUCCUGCAGGCCGUGUGAGUGUGAUCCCCAGGGCUCAGUGCACCCCUUCUGCCAGGAUGCCACGGGUCAGUGUGAGUGUGUGCCAGGCGCGUACGGACGCCAGUGUGCCCACUGUCUGCCCAGCCACUGGGGGUUCCCCCACUGCCAGCCGUGCCACUGCAACGGACACUCACAGUUCUGCCACCCCCUCACGGGGGAGUGCCAGGGGUGCAGGGGCAACACGGCAGGGCACAACUGUGAGAGGUGUGAGGAUGGUUACUACGGCAACGCCUUGCUGGAGACAGGGGGCCAGUGUCGGCCCUGCAUGUGUCCUGAUGGGCCCGGCAGCAGAAGGCAGUUUGCUGUGGGCUGCUACGACGACCCGUACACACAGCAUGUCACGUGUGUGUGCAGCCAAGGACACACAGGUCCAAGAUGUGAGCAGUGUGCCCCUGGUUACUAUGGCAACCCUGAGGCGCCCGACGGGCAGUGCCACCCAUGUGAGUGUAACGGGAACAUCGACAUGAUGGAUCCGGGGUCCUGCGACUCCCGCACGGGCGCCUGCGUCAAAUGCCUGCACUACACCGAGGGCAACGCCUGCCAGUACUGCAAGAAAGGUUACUACGGAAACGCCAGCACUCAGGACUGCCGAAAGUGCAUGUGUAACGAACGAGGCACCGGCAGCCUGGGCUGCACUGGCGGCGAGUGUGUGUGUGACGAGUAUACUGGGCAGUGCCCGUGCCUGCCUGGCGUGGUUGGGCAGCACUGCGACCAGUGUGCCCUCGACACCUGGAACUACGACAGCGGAGAGGGCUGCCAAUCAUGCCUGUGCCACCCCAUACACUCAUACGGGUCUUCAUGUGACCAGCUCUCAGGCCAUUGUAAUUGUAAGCCGGGUUUUGGAGGCCAGACUUGCGAGGAGUGCAGAGAACUGUUUUGGGGCAACCCUGAGGUCCAGUGUAAUGCAUGUGACUGCGACCCCAGUGGCAUCUCUAGUGAGCAGUGUAACAAGCGCACAGGAGGGUGUGUGUGUUUGGAGGGUUACGCUGGCCAUCGCUGCGACGCGUGCGCCCGUGGGUAUUCUGGACAGUUUCCUGACUGCGUACGCUGCCACCAGUGCUUCAGCGAAUGGGACACCAUCCUGAGCGAGCUGACCAAUCAUACACAGCGCCUGCUCCAGACGGUAGACGAUGCCAAAGUGGGCGGAGUCGUAGCGCCAUACAAAGAUUUGAUUGACAGCUUGGAGCGAAGUGCUGGAGAACUGAGGGAGAUUCUGGAACAUGACGCGGUGUCACAGCCAUUGGAACAGACACAACAGCUGCUGCAGGAGGCUACGGAUCUGGUGGCGUAUUUGUCCCGGUCCCUAAACGCCACAGAGCUGACUCUUGAGGUGGUCUCUGAGGACCACAAUAGCACAGAGUCUAAGAUUGAUGACCUGCAGAGGGAGGCAGACAAACUGCAUCAGACCGUCAUGGACGUGCAGGACCAGGUGGAGCGAGUGAAGAACUCAAACUUUAGAGGAGCUUCUGACAGCAUCACUAAAUACUACCAGCAGUCCAUUGAAGCCGAGUCACACGCUGACGACGCCACCUCUGGUCCGCUCAGCAUAGUGCAGGAGUCUGCCAAUCUACGGGAAACCACAGAGGACACGAUGAACAGCACGAAGGCCGGGUUUGAUCUGAGGCAAGAGCUGCAGACCAAACAGCUGGAGGAGCUGGCCACUGAGAUGGAAGCCCUGGACCUAUCAGCACUCAGCAUCACGGCAUGUGGAGCAGGCUCAGAGGAUGGUAGCUGUGGUGGAUGUGGCGGUCUCGGGUGUGUGGCUGAGGACGAAGCGCCCCACUGUGGCGGAGAGGGGUGUGGCGACGUGAACUCUGUCGCGCAGGAGGGCAUGAACACAGCCAAGAACUUCGACAAGGAGAUCGUCAAGGCCUUGCAGGAGGUGGACAAGCUCAACAGGAUGGUAUCAGAGGCCCGUGGUCGAGCUGAUUUUGCUAAACUGAAUGCUGAGGAUGUUUUGCUGAAAGCCAAUCAGAGCAAACAGAGGGUGGAGCUUAACAACCAGGAACUACGCGAUCUCAUACAACAAAUAAGGGACUUCCUUCGAAACAGCACAGACCUGGAGACCAUCGAGGCCUUGUCCAAUGAGGUGCUGGCGAUGGACAUGCCCGCGACGGCUGCCCAGCUGGAGGAGUUGUCCUCUGACAUCAGCGAGCGCGUCACAAGCCUCACUGGCGUCGAGGACAUCCUUGCCCAGAGCCACGAUGACAUCACACAGGCACGCGCACUGCUGCAGGACGCCAAAACCGCCAGUGAUCUUGCCACUGAGAUGAAGAACACCACAGACUUGGUGAACGAGCGGCUGAAUCAGACGGAGCAGACUCAGACCGCUGUACAGGACGCCAUCGCACAGGCCAGAGGUGACAUCACGACCACACAGGACCUGCAGGCUACACUGGAUUCAGAGACUGCAUCUGCUGAGUUUAAGUUGAAUAACGGCACCCGGCGUCUGUCGGGGAUGGAGAGGGAUCUGGCUCUGGUCAAAGCUAAAACCCAGGAGACGGUGAACACAGCCACAAACACACAGCGCAACACGGAGUACAUCGCACAGCAGGUCACGCAGACCAAACAGGAGCUUGACUCUGAUGUGCUGAAGAGGUUCUCCACCAUGGAGAGUGUGAUGAUGCAGAAGGCGGGGAGUGUGAUCGAGGGCCGCAGGAAAGCACAGGAGCUUCAGGAGGAGGCCAAACAGAUGCUGGACCACGCCAUGGCCUCGCUACAGAAACUCCGAGAGCUGGAGCGGUCAUAUGUUGUCAACCAGCAGACUCUGGAGGAGAAAGCACACAUUCUCAAGGGGCUUGAAAAAGAGGCUCAGGAGAUGCUUCAGGACAUUAGUCAGAAAGUUACUGUCUACAGCACCUGUCUGUAACUAUGGAAACCUUCCAAACAUUCCAGCACCCUAACAUUCUGAAAGAUUCUAAAAGCUCUAUGAAAACCAGAUUUUAAGCUCACAAAUAGAGACACUAAAUAAGCUGGAGAUGUAAUUCGGGAUCAUGCUAAAUGUGUGUGGCCUAUUGUUUAAAAAUGUACACAUUACCAAGCCAUAUUUUUUUUAAAUAUUUUAAAAACAUUUUCAAUAAUACUAUAGACUAUUAUAUACUAUGCACUGUAUUUUCGAACACACAUCCAAAACUAAAAACACGAUGAUGAAUUUGUGUUUUUGACAUUUCAAUUAAAGCAUUCCCCCAUACCG